UUUGUUACAUGUUUUAAUUGUCCAUGUGAUCGUUGUAGUUGAUUGGUGAAACGGACAUUAAUUAUUCUUUACUUUUAAAACUGACGGUUCCCUAUUCUUCGACCAGAUGCCGAGGGUUUCAAAGCACUUAAUUCUUCCAAAUAGGAUUAAAGUGUUUCGCCUCAAGACAACAUAGUAGUCUGCUUAGCAACACGUAUCGCCAGCUCGGUGUUCAUGUACAGGUUAAAGAAUUGCAUGCUGUGGCAAAAGGGUGUAGGAUAUUUGUAGCUAUACUAGAUCUUGUUCAUCGAUGGGACUGUUGGAUAAAUUGUCGUUGUGGCUGGGCAUAAGGAAGAAAGAGGUGAAUGUCCUAUGUUUGGGACUAGACAACAGCGGCAAGACUACGAUCAUAAACCACCUCAAACCCACUAAUACACAGGCACAAGAUGUAGUUCCAACGAUUGGUUUCAACAUUGAAAAGUUCAAGACUUCAACCUUGUCUUUCACAGUCUUCGAUAUGUCUGGUCAAACCAGAUACAGAAACUUAUGGGAACACUACUACAAAGAGAGCCAAGCCAUCAUAUUCGUCGUGGACAGUGGAGACAAAUUGCGAAUGGUUGUGGCCAAAGAAGAACUUGACACUCUUCUUAACCACCAAGACAUCCGGAGCCGCAGGAUGCCUGUAUUGUUUUUUGCUAAUAAGAUAGACCUACGAGAUGCCAUGUCCUCUGUCAAGGUGUCCCAGCUGCUGUGUUUAGAGAGCAUCAAAGACAAACCGUGGCACAUCUGUGCCAGUGAUGCUGUGAAAGGAGAAGGCCUACAGGAAGGAGUGGAGUGGUUACAAGAACAAAUAACACAAUCAUAUCAAAGCAAUGAAGAAGUGAAUACCUAAGAUGGCCAUGGCAUUCAACCAAAUAAAGUAUUCAACGACCAGCCAGUGUAUCAGCCACUUUUAAAUAUAGGUAUUUCCUUACCGAGUUAUAUAUUAAGGAAGGGAAGGUAAAGAUAUUUAAUUAGUGUUUAUGUUUUAAGAAAUAUUUUAUAUGUCGUUAAUGAAGGUCAAAUGUACAUUGAUUCAAUGUUUGGUAAAAUAUAAUUACGUGAAUCUUAUGUACGUGGUACAUGGUAAAGAGCUGUUUCUUUAAAAUGUCCACGAUUAUUUUGUAUAGGGAUGUUUCAACAUUUUAUUGACCUUUUAUUGUUUUAAUUAAAUGACAAGAACGAGAGCAAACACUAAAACAUGUAAUGUGUUACACAAAAAUGGAUGUAAAAAAAGGAUAAUAAUAAAUUGUUAAAAAAUAUAUACAA